CCUCGUUCGGUUAUUCCUUGGCAAAUUCAUAAUUUCCCGACUACAUUCUUUUCAUGUACAAUGAUAAUUUCAGAAACCAUCAGAUUUUCAACCACAAGUAAGAAUUAGUAAAGCUCACAUAGAUUUUCAACUGGAAACUCCCCCGUUUGUAUAUUCUGAAUCAUGUGCUCUCGACCAAUAAUAAUUUUUAUUAUUCAGAGGUCUGUGCUUAAUAUGAGCAACCACUUUGAUGAUGCAUUCAGAGAUGAGAAGAUGCUCAAACUUGAUGUAAUAAAUACAUCUUUAAUAGACACUUAAAUAAAUAAAGUCAAUUUAUACGAAUAGUUAAAAACAUUACCUAUAAUCCUAAUUUAAAAUACAAAUAAAUCUGGUAAAAAGAUCAAAAUAUGAUAAAAUGAUAAAAAUUGUGUAAUGUAUACUGACUAAAUACUGUUUAUCUAUAUAUAUAUAUUAUUGCAAUCACAUGCCAUUUCUUUUCAGCCUCGGGAAGGAGGGCCAUAUUACCAGUUGAGGUGCGCAAUGCAUUGUGGGGCAGAAGCAGUACGUGAAGCAAGCUCCGUUGCACUCUCAGAAAUCGAAGCCGAUUGAGUAUACAUCCGGGCAUUUCUCGCAUACACAAAAUUCGCAUACUGUACAGUGUGAACGCACUGCCUACUCAAUUCAGAGGCGGGUUUAGUAGGAGUAGUAGGAGUAGUAGGCCAUUUCGGACACAGCCCGAGAGCUUUUUGGCUUCAAAUCCGUAUACAGGCGGUAGGCGGAACCAAGUUGUCCUUAGUAUAUACAGUCUAUGAGUAAAACUAAGUUGAAUCCGUUUAACCUUGAAUCCGUUUACCUACAGGUUGCAGACGGAAAACCUGCCUUGACUUCACUUUGUCGACUUUCGCUCCUGCAAUUCUGGAUUAAAACAGGAUAUCGACCCUCCGGUAGACCUACCAGCAUGGUAACAAAGAGCAGCUGUGUCCACUAAGGUCAGAGAGAAAUGUUCUGAUUUCACGUCCAUGUUUGCUCUAACUAAACUGUGAUACACCUGCUGUAGUUAAUGGGAAAACUAGUGCGUGUUUGGGAGUUCGUGUGUGUGCGUAGCGUGCACGAAGCACAUGUAGGGGAGAGUGGGGUAAGUUGAGCCACCCCCUGUUGCUUUGAAAUGGUAAAAGAAAUUGAUCAUGUGACCAAAUAUUUAGGAAAUGGGCAUCAAUUCAUGGAGUCUGUGAAGGUUAGAAGCACAUGAGUGAAGGGAUUAGACAUUUAUUUACAAAAGAACAUUUUUCACUCUGUAAAGUGAAUUUAGUCUGUCAUAAGUUUUAUUAGAAUUGUGUUCAGACCAAAAAAGAUCAUGUAACCUCGCAUUCAAGUCCACCAAAAGCCCAUAAAGUCAUAAUAGUGGUUCUGGGGUUACUGAGAAAGUAAAGGAGUCUGAUGAGAGGAUCAGAGUUUCAGUUCAGAUUGUUGGAAUGUUUUACUUUUUCUUUUCAAAAAUACAGAUCUGUGAAUGUUCUCAAUCACUUAAAGACAUUCUCACGUUAAAAUGGCUUUUUAAAAAACAGCUUUUUAGCAGUUAUAUGAAAUAAUAAUAAAAAAUAAUUAUUGUACCAGUUGAAUAGCGUAUCGUAGAUAAAAAUAAGCAUGAAUGUGAAGAUGUGACUGUUAUUAGGGAGAGAAAAGGUGAGUCCACUUACCCCAUACACGGGGUAAGUUGACCAUAGGAGACCACUUUUUUUUAGCAUGCUAUAUUAUCAAGACAGUUCUGUUUACACUCGUUCUGUUGGUUUGCAGGGAUGAAUAACAUCUUGAAAUAUAUGCAGAUACAGUAGUUAGAGACAAAACUAUGAUAGCUAUUGAUUUAAAACUGGCUCAUCUUACCCUAAUCUCCCCUAUUUAUUGUUGUGUUUGUUGCAUCUGUGUCAAUGUGAUGUGUGCAUGUGUGGGCAUUCCUGUGCAAAGUUAUACAGUGAUGUGUGAACUGAAUAUGAGUAAGAUCAGUAAUACACUGAAGCAGUAGCCCGUGCAACUACUACUAGUAGUUGCAUCAUCACUUCAUAUGGAUGGAUGUUCUGAAAAAGUGUUUUUAUUUUUCUGUAAUUUAAAAAUAAAAGGUGAAAAUUUCAAAGCCACAGAGAUUUUGGACAGAAUGUAGACUGAAAGCAAGCGCCAAAUGAAAUUCAGUCCAAUUAAAGCUGCAAGGGAAAGAAGAAAAUAAUAAUAAUUGAGCUGAAUUAAAGAUAUCUGAAUAUUACUAAUAUGCUCAUCGGUGAGGAAGAUAAUUCUUAAAAAAAGAACGGAGGGCAACCUCAAGAAGACUUAAGAAAGUUGUCUUAAAGGGAUAUUCCGGCGUACAAUUAAUUUAGGGUCAAACACACCAUAACACCGAGUUAGCCACCCCCUCAAGAGAUGGAUGUUGCCGACCGCUUGCUUCUCUAGUUAUACCAACUUUGGUAACUACCGCACGAUAGCAAUACACAGCGGUCUGAGGAGCCAUAAACAAACCUCAACCAAAACGCCACUCUAUAGCCACAAAUAAUGCUCAGAACAGCACCUAACUUCAUCAACAGGACAUAUAGGGUCACAGCCAUAGUACUAGACACCAAAAAUCUUUUUAACUUUGACUCAUUUCUUUAGCAAAGAGACUAAACACAACUCAGGCCAGUCCAUUACGGACUACAGCGGGGUUACACAGCUCAAGGAACAACAUUUAUGAAUAUUUCUUCACGGAUAUGCAAUCAGAGAUGCCAAGACAGAAGAACUACCGCGUCUUCAGUGCAAAAUGAUUAAUAUGGUGAUUAUUACUUCAAGGAAAUGAUAAAGAAAUCAACAGGCUCAAGCUUAAAACAGUCCGCUGCUCUUGAAGACGUACCCCCUAUGCUUAUCUGUAGCACAGGAGUUGCGAGCUGAGCCCUCUAUGGCACAAGGGUCUAGGCCACUUUCACACAUACACCAGGCAGCUGGUCAGCGCUAUAAGAGCACACACAAGAGAAAUCCCUUAAUUAUCCCUCAGCACAUAAAAUCUAAAUGGAGUGAAUUAUUCUUAUGAUUUUACACCUGUUUGAUGAAAUUUUAACACACAACCAUUCUUAUGCAAAAAAUGCCAAUAAUCCUUUAACUACUGUAACCAGUUUAGAUAUGGAAUCAGGCGGUAAACAAAAUGGCUGUACUGGUUUGAUCCAGGUCUCGCUUUGAGUCCCAGUUUCCUCAUAUGAGAGGCUCGUGUUUGGCAGUAGACACACCGGCCAACGGGUCUGAGUUUAUCAGAAUGUAUCAUUACAGCAGAGGAAGACCAAAAACAUCAUGUCCACAUAUGAGGUGGCAGGGUUUCAAGACGUUGAAAGAAUCACAACUUGGUUACUGCUGUAACUAAUUUUUUAAAGAGCUUUAACCUCCACAAUAGUCGAGUUUAAAGAUGGAAACCGACUGACUUGUAAAGCUGAAUAAAUGAAUGAUGAAACAUGCAGAUCACCCGUAUCUCUUCUGCUGCUCUCGUGAUGCAGUGGAAUUAAAAAUUAUGAAACUUACCCAGCGGCUGUGAAUAGAAGUAUCUUUUCAUUGGUAGUGUGGCUUCAGUCCAAAAAGGCAGAGAAAAUAUGGCUGCAAGGAGAAGAGUUAUCAAGAAAAUGACAUGGAGCUGGAUCUCCUCCCAUUUGAACUCAUUAAGGACCUCCUCAUUCUGACUCAGAGGUGGAGGCGUGACCAAGGAAAGACUGAUUUAGCAUUUCCAACCCUUUACAAUAAGAGUUUUCCUUAAUAAAUACAUCAAUAAGUCUAAGUUCUGUUGUAGCACAUAUAUAGCUAUAGAUCAGCAUAAACCAUGACCUGAAGAAACCAAAAGUGAAAUUAAAAACAGCCCUUGCUGACUGAGUCCGUCAUGUGAAGCUUUCAUACAUAAAGAAUGUAACUUUUUUUGUGUCUAACCGAAAAGAUUAACCCGAGUGACAGACACCAAACUCAAACUGCCGGCAUCUCCUGUCUUCUCAGAGUGUUGUGGUUUUCUAGCACGUUCACUUUAUCCAUCCCUGAGUUUCGUUUCUUCAUCUUCUCAGGAAAUGGCUGCAGCACAGAUAGAUUCCUCAUGGGAGACUGUUGCUUCAUUAGGAGGAGAUUUUCUAUCUAGAUCCUGACCGAUUGGUAUGUUACAAACUCCCUUUUCGGAGCAUUUUACUGCAUCAUUUUCACAGUCAGAGCUCUGUGAUGUGAAUCCAUCUUGGAGCCAUUAAGGACAAAGCUUACACCACAGGGUGGCAACAGAGACCAUAUUUAAACCCUGUGGGUGCCUUCUUUGCCUUCUUGACAAGAGAUCAACUGUAAACACGAUUGCCUGUAACCAGCCUUCAUGGGACUUCUUAUUUACCUCCUUCAUUUCAUGUUUUCUCUUAUUCUUGUAGGAUAAACAACUCAGCUUGUGCAUUUUCCUGUUUUGGUCCCUGUUAGCGUUGCUGCAGAUAAACUGACUUUGGAAGGUGGAGAGUUCACUUGAACUUGCAAAGUAAACCUCCUUAUAGGAGUAAUGUCUUUCAGGAGAUGAUAGAGACAAUAACAGAGUUGGUCUGUGUUUAUUAAAAGAAGUCAUGUAACACAGAAAAUAUUGACAGAUAAAGAAAUGUAUUCUUAAACUAUCGUUUUGCUCACUGAUGGUACGCCCACACUUUCAUACCUCUGUCAAAGUGUUGUUUGUAAAUACGUAACCUGGUUGUGGGAGCUCAAGUGUGCUUCUGUUUCUUUUGGUAAAAGAGAAAUGCAGGCGUGAAUAUCAGAGGAACAAGAAUGGAACAGUGUCAACAUAACUGAGAUCACACUCCACCCACUGUGAAAACCUAACCUUUAUGCAUUUAAAACCCUUGAAUCAAAAUAUAUGGAAGAAUAAUGAGCAAAAAUGCAUUGAACCACCCAAACAAGCAUGACAAUGGUGACUUUAAGAUUUAUUGGGCGAUUCUGCAGCUUUGAUUAUCAAAACAAAUUAUUAUUACAGACAUAUAAAUGAUAACACCCAUUUGUAAACUGCACAAAAUCCUUUUAGCACUAAUAUCUCUUUAAAAAAAAACUUUUUUUUUAAUCAAUGUGCUUUUAAAGGAGACGUUACCCAAACUGAGUAAAAGAAGAUGCUUGCUUCUUAAAGGACCACUGGAUAAUCAGGAUCAACACUUUCAUCUUUUCAUGUGUGCCCUGUUUAAAGCUGCUGUGAGGAGUUUUUCAUAGGUUACAAAGCAGACUAAAAUAAACAGCUAUGUAUCUCCAUGAUAAAAUUUAUUAAAAUAUUUAUGUCAACACUGACAACUUUCACAGUGUAAUGAAUAAUAACUGUAUGAUAAUGCAUUGACUGACAGUUAAAAGAAAAAUCCUAUGAAGAGGAUAGAUGUAUCGGUGAACCGCUGAUCAAAUGACCUCUGCAUUUUGUGCUGCCCUAAAAAAAAAGAAAAACAUGAAUUUAGUGUUUCCUGUAAAGGUACUGUGGUAGAAAAUAUUCACAGCACACUUAAAGGCCUCUGAUAUCUGUUUAAUAUGAUAAUGCAGUAAAUAUUUUUGAAACUACUGUGUAAUACUGCCAUGACCAAGAUUCAAGUAAAAAGCAUUCAUGAUUUUGUCUCAGAAAAGUUUUUUUUAACUAUAGAAAUAGAAAAAUAAUGGCAAUAUAGAAAUGGAAUAUAUCAAAUGAGAGAAUAAAUACCUCUUCUUCUGGUAGCACUGAAAGUCAAGAAUACAAAAAUAAGUUUUAAUUUGACUUACUGUCUACAAACAAACAAUAAUCCCAGAAUAUAUGUGGUUAGAAAUUAUACUGCUCCAAUGACUCAUGUUAUUUUGAUGGAUGCCAAGAAGUGAGUCACACUUACGCAGUACAGGAGCACCCCGACCACCACAAGCAAAAUCAAAGGGACGACUGAAAAUGAAAACAGAAAAUUUGAUGUUGUGACAAGACAACAAUCAAUCAGGCGUCACUAAAGCUUAUCACGUGUAUUACUGUUACCAUAAACUGACAUUCACUGUUUUUGUGUAAUACUUACCAACGGCUACAGCGAUUACCCCGUGUCCAUGGCCAGGGGUCUGCUGCUGUGGACCUGUCAAACACACAUAUUAAUUAUAAUAUAAUAUAAUAUGAUGUAUAAUAUUUAUUGAUAAUUAUUAUUAUACUUUGAAUUUUCUUGAAGGAACCUUACCAAAAUAAAGUUGUAUCUAAUAUAAUCAAAUCUAAAUAUUAUCUUUACAGUACAAGUGAAGAGCUUGUAAGUGAAGUCUACAGUAUAUAAAUUUAGAAGAAGAGGGAAAACCUACAACCUUCGAUCUGUCUUCAUGUUUUAGACACUGACAUUGUUUAAAGGUGUAUUUAAUUUGUGGCUACAGAGAUUCUUUUUCUAUUUAUACUUACAAACUCAUUUUCUAACUGUCAGUGUUGAGGCCUCCUUAUUUAAAUCUAUUUUUAAAUUUACGUCUCAUGGCACUCUUUUUUUCCCCCAUACUUGCAGGCUUCUCCUUGGAAUACUAUGAACUAUGGGUAAUUCCCUGUCUGCAGAGAUGUCCACAAACAGAAGGGGUUCAAGAUCGGGAAGAGUUCCCCCACACUCUCGAUGGUAAGAAAGCCCUAAACCCUGAUGGACUCAGUGGGAGCAGGACUCAAAGUUAUGUCAUCGUUAAAUCACAUUGCGGUGGUCUUUGGGACAUGUCCAAAAACAGAAUCGUGUUAAAUUCAUUCUGUUAUACUUACAGACAGAGGAGAUGUUCUCAAUAUGGACACCACCACCCUCCACAUCCAAGCUUGUAACAUUCUUCGGGCAGUAGAUGAGGAUGGUGGAUGUGUUGUUGCACACUGCACAGAUGUUAUUGCCAGUAGGUGUAGUGGUACCAUUGCAGUCUGGGAGCGGUUUGCCUUGAUCCCUUUCGUACAGCUUAUGGUUUUUUUCUUUGUCAUAUAUUGUGUCGGUACUUGAGCACCUGGUCAAGUCCGUGCAGUUAUAACACUUCAUUUCGGUCGAACCUAGAAAAAAACAUUGAUCAGCAAAAGAUGUGAAAAGUUAGCGUCUUCGGGACACUGAAUUAUGAAAUCACUGCAGUUUGACUCAACAGACGGGCCGUCUUAAAUAAACAGUACCUUUGCUAUUCUGCAGAUUGAGCAUUUGGCAGAUAAAAUAAGAAAAAUAGAAUAAAAACAGAAUUUUUAGUCAUGCAGAGUAAAAGCAAAACUUCAGGGAAACUUGAGGCCCGUUUGAUAUGAAAACUGUGUGAAUUUCCUUGUCCAUAACAGUGAGAAGUGCUGUGAAUGACCAAAAGUUAAAGAUCACAGACUGUCUUUAACUUACAAGUUCUACAUCUGUCUGCUGUUCUUCUUGUUUUACACAAACACAUGAUGUUACCGAGUCAAAAACAUCAAAGUCACAAAGCCCGAGUCUGAAAUCAAAUAAAUCGAAGGUCGGCCUUAUCUAAAAGGUCAGUGUAUCAAUGAGUGAGGCAGCAUUAUUUUUGUUCCAUUUCAGCUGUGUGUUUACACUGCAGUGAUUUUGAAACAACAUGUCACCACGCAGCCUCAGAAAACACUGCACAGCCAACUAAUGUUAAAUAAGAGAAAUGCAAUUUGAUGACAAUAAGCGCGAGCGACGGACUCGCAACCACAGCCCACACAGAGCAGAAUAACAAACAAACAUGGCCGAAGAUAAUAAAGAGGACGUUUCUGAGCAGCUCGUUACUGAACGAGGCUCCACAUGAGGGACGAGCGCAAUCAGGUCUGCGUGACACCGGAGAGUGGAUCUGCUGCUGUUCACUCCGUGCAAUAAGAGUUUUCAGUAAAUGUUGAAAAUGUUUUCACAUUUCAGACGUCAGACGUGUUUGAUGUCAUUAGUUUUCUCCAUAACCUUCCACUCAAACUUGUGGUCAAAUAUCUUAUUUGAUGAUGCACAAUGGUGUUCUCAAGACUAAAUGAAUUAAAAAAUAUAGAUUGGAAUUAUAAUAUUUUUAAUAUAUUACUAUAUCAGGACUUUUAUCAUUAUCGCCAGAAUAGCAAAUCUUAUCGUGCUAAAUUUUUUUGGCCCACAUCACCCAUCCCUACUGUGUACACCACGUACCUGGUAGUCCCUCAGAGACAGGAACAUGUGAUGCCAUCAAAAAGAGCAGGAACCCUGAAAAUAUGGACAAAUCAAAUCAAAAUGUGUCCUCCAUUAUGAAAGUAAUAACUUACAACCUUAAAAUCAUGUCAGUUUAACCCUUGUGCACCCCUUAAAAUUUACUGACACUUGUGGCCACAAGUGGCCGGUAUAACAGUGCAUUAAAAACCUUAUACAUUCUUUUUUUUUUUUACUUUAAAGCAUUAUAUCUUGUCAACAACUCCAGACCUAUCCAUAGAUAUUAAGUUUAUUAUAAUUUUUUUAUAUUUUUUUAGGUUUUUAGUGUCUUUUGUCGUAAGAACCCCUGAUUUUUUUAAUGGGAAAAACACAAAAUAUGCAAUAUUUCCAGAAAUGAGGUGCAAAGUUAAAUAUUUUUGAUAAAGAUUUUUGAUCAAGAUAUUGAUUUUAGUGCAUAAUAAUUUUUGGCACAUGAGAGAUUCAAACCUCUCCUUCUCCUCUUUGUUUCCCCUUCUCAAAUUGCAUUAUCCCUGUCCUGAAUCCUCCUGGCUCAUGCACACACAUAGAGCCCUAGGGGUGCUUGAGCCCCUGCCCUUUUUGCCUUGUAUUAAAAGGUGCCCUCGUUUUUUUUUUUUUGUUUUUUUUUAUAACAUUAAUUAAUUCCUGUUAGGGAUGUAAAAAAACAAAACGGUGGUACAAAAACUCCACGGUAUUCUACCUUACCCAUUUUCUUGUAAUACGGGUUUUUGUGUGAGAUGAGCCUGCCACUUCUCUGUCUCUGGCGGCUCCACUCUGUCACAGAGCUGCCAGAGAGAGAGCACGGUGCAUCAAUUCAGCACAGAGCAGAGCAUGCCAGACAGGAAAUCCUGUACAAAAUAGACAAAUGCUUCGUGUUUAUGGAGGAUCACAUUUUCCUCACUACAGGUCUGAAGUACAGGUUCCAGGUUUAGAUAUAAAGUUUAUUGUGACUUUGCUACUAUUGUGUGGGCUAACAAGUUAAUAAUAAUAAUAAUAAUAAUAAUAAUAAUAAUAAUAAUAAUAAUAAUUUUGUAUGAUAUGGACUUAUUGGGUCUGAAAUAAAGUUUAUAGAUAGAUAGAUAGAUAGACAGACAGACAGACAGACAGACAGCCAGACAGACAGGUAGAUAGAUAGAUAGAUAGAUAGAUAGAUAGAUAGUAAUUUCAGCAUGUAGGUAAUCUGUGUUUGAAAUAUUACCAUCUUGAUCAUGUCAUAUUGACAAUAGAUUGUUGACACAAAAGAAAUGGCUAUUGCAUAUCACUGUCACCUACACAGGACAGUCAUUACCUUUCUAUUAAUACUUUGUUUUUUUAAUUUAACAUUAAUUUCCAUAAAGUAAAACAGACUGGAAAAAAAUUGAGCCCCUGCCCCUGUAUUAUCAUGUGCACAUCCCUGUCCUGGCUCCAAGGUGAAUCUUCACUGCUCAUGUUCUCCUCAGAAGCAGUCACCUCACUCCCCUCAGGUUACUGUACACAUGCACCAACUGCCUGCUUCAGGUUUAGAUGACGCUUCAUGGUUGUCUUUUGGAGAAAUGAGCAGUCAAGUUGUGUUUGAAAUUUGAUUUUUUUCGAGGGCAAAAGGAAGCCUCCGCAUUCCUGUCGGAUAUGUAAAUAGCAUGUUUUUGCAGGUGCGUAAAAACUGACUGUGUGUGUGUGUGUGUGUGUGUGUGUGUGUGUGUGUGUGUGUGUGUGUGUGUGUGUGUGUGUGUGUGUGUGUGUCUUGCAGUACUCUGAGGAGAAUGAGAAGCAUGUUUCUGAGUUGAAUUUUGAGGAUUCAUUUGAGAGUCAGGAGGGCUGAUUAUUCCCUUACAGAUGGACCCUUUAGAGGAAAAUCAAAAAUCCCAGGUCAAAAGGGCUCUCUUGAUGCUUUUUUUUUUUUCCUCAUUCAUAUUCAAACCACUAUUUUAUAUCGCUGCUAAUAGACCAAGGCCAAUUUAUGGUGUUUAGCUGUGUUAUUUCUAUGCAUUUUGCGAGGUAAGAAACCCAGGCCUUCACUGAAAUUUCCCCAAAACUUUAUGUAAUGGCCUCUGGUGGUUAAAGCGGGUCAUUACACCUAAAACACAUUUUCCCUAAAUUUUGAAGGUAAAAGCUUAGAUCUAUUAGGUAUAAAUAGAAAUGGCAUUGAAAUAUGUUAGGAUUAUAGCGUAUGACAAAUAUGUGGUCAUAAUGGGAGUCAACAAGGGUAACAGGUGUCGGUGUGAUGCAAAUCUCCUACUCUAAACACUUCCAGUACACAGGCUUUUGGAAUUAAGGAAAUAAAUAUGAAAAAAAAAAAAUGCCAAAAUUUCAUACAGCUAGCCUUUAAACUGACCGGGUUACUGAGAGAAAAACAAAAAAAAAACACCCAAAAUGGCCACUUUUGUCCCCAAGAUGCCCCGAGGGUUAACACUUUAUCAUAAAAAAAACUGUAGUGACACUCUUUACAUAAUUGUGAUAAGGUUGAAUGGCAUAGAUCUAACAGGCCCUUCUGCUACAUGGAUGCUAUAUAUAUGUGUAUCCUCUUUUUUCACGUGUACAACAAGAUUUGCAUGAAAUCUUACUGACUUACAUUUUCUGACAGCAGCAGCAGAUCUUUUCACACGCCGGUUGUUGUUUCUUUGUUUGAGAGGACGCCGUGGUGGAGAAUUUGGUUUUAAUCGCCUUUUCAGAUCCAUAUCUUCAGCCAUGUGGCCGGGGUUUGAGGCAGCACAUGGCGCCUUAUCAAAAAUGGCGUCUUCCCAUGAAGUCUUGACCACUUCCUCAUCUGGGCAAUGAGACACUGGUCUCGCUUUUGGUGCAGUGGUGACGGCAGAUUCGUUUCUUUGGGGCUUUUGAGGUUGAGGGUAGUUUUCCUCAGCCCAUGUCAGUUUUGAGAGAAGCUCUUCCAUCCUUUUAGUACGCUCAAGGACAGCUGGUUCCUCUUUAGGGAUUGUUUUAACGCUGCUGCAUUUUCCCACCAUGGGCAGAGGGCUGUCGUUGUAGUCCUCAGUGAGUGUGUUUCAUGUUGGAAGAGAGACCAGCCUCACUGUAACAGCAAUAAAACACGAUGUAGCAUGCCGGUAUUUACAGAGAGACAGAUUAGGAAAGAUAUAAAUCAGAAAAGUUGGAUGAAUGUAACUGAAGCAGUACUUGACAUGAGAGGGGGGAGACUCGCAGAUAAAUCUCAUAAAAUGGAUGUAAAAGAAAAAGACAUACCCACUUUCCUGGCUGUAUCCUCCUUGGCCACCUUAAAGUGCAAAACAAAGAGUAAAACUACAAAUACUCUCAAGCAUUUCUUGAGGAGAAUCUCUCCGGCUGACAAAACUCACGUCUAACGCCUACACCUCAACAAAAUGCAGCCGGGGGAAUCCUCUGCCUAACAAAGCUUGCCAAAACCUCUCUAGCUGCUCAUGUCAUGUGACAGAUUUGAAACUUACUUUUCAGCUCCAAAAGUUCCACAGGCACGGUCAUCUUGGUCGGUAUAAGCGACAGCAAACGAGGAGAACCGUUUUGAGCUGAAAUUUGGCUCAGUGACUGAGCAGGAAAUGAUGUUGCUGCGUCACCCCCUUUUCGUGUGAAUGCUAAAAAUGCUAACCAUUCAUACAGGAAGAUGAAAGGAGACAGAAACCACGCAUGUAGAAACACACGUAUGCAGAUAUACAACACAGAGGUAGAAUGAUAGACUAGAUCACGUAGCAUGUGAGAUUGAAAAGGCUGCAUGUUUGUUUUUUGUGGUAAUCUUCUCCACGUGUUAGCUAAUUGAUCAGCAUGUGCCGGCAUGAUGAGAGCCAGAGGUCAGGAAAGAAGUUCCGGGUUAAUUAUUUUAUUUUAUUUAUUUAUUUUAUUUUAUUUUAUUUUAUUUUUUUGAGAUCAUCAUCAAAAAUUGUCCUGAAUGCUCAACUUCAGUGCCUUAUUUCACUCAUUUACUUUUGCGGUUUUCACUUGAUAUGCGUCUGUCACCAAAUCAUGAACUGAAUCUAAGUGACAGACACCAAAAGUGCUGCUUCAGCGUCUCCUCUUCUGUGUUUUUGUGUUUUUAGCAAACUCAUUCGUUCUUGCUCAGUUGUGAGACUAAAAAGUGCUCUCUGCCACAUUGAUUUGGGAUCGAUUCAGAAAAAAGUCAAAGGCAGAUGUGACGCUUGGACACUCGCCACAGUCACACUCUGACACCUGGUGUUCAUCUAGCGGUAGUACACAACAAACAGGCUCCAUCACCAUCCUGUCAUCAGCCAUGGAUGAUAAUAAACUAGAAAAGCACUCAGAGAGCGCAGACCUCCGCCAAGCAGCUCAUGUCCCCCCUUAUAUUGUGAUUCACACCAAAACUUUUACUGUUACGUGUCUUUUAUUAACUUUUAUUUGUGUUUAAACUGGUAUGUUCACUGUUCAUAAUGUUCCUAAAACAAGAAAUGCCCUGACCAGGAUUCAAAUCCAGGACCUUCUUAUUGUGAGGCGACAGUGCUAACCACUACACCACUAUGCCGCCCAUUGGUUAUCUUUCAGCAUUGAAAAUUCCAACAACACCCUGAUUUUUGUGUGUUCUGGAUCACAGUAUCCAGAAUUUUGUCUGGAUCAGGAUCAACCUUUGACACCUCAUAAAACUCAUUGAGAUCCCUUUGUGUCAUUUUUUACUAAAGACUCUGGACAUUUUUAUAGAGUUAAAUGCAAAAAUUCCAAAAUUUGCCCUAUCUCACAAUGAUAAAGAAUCCUUUAAAAAAUUCCUGGAUCCAGAAGGCGAUCCGGAUCACCACCAAAAUGUAAUGGGAUCCUCCUGGGGCUGAGACACACCUCUGGUGAAAAUUUCAGGUCAAUCUGUCUGUUACUUUCUCUGUAAAGUUGUUCACAGACAAACAAACAAACAAACAAACAAAUACGUGACCGAGUCUCGUGACUUUAUCAGGACAUGAUGAUUCAGAGUUGAUAACACACAGACAGAUAGAGGGAAUUUGCUUAUCACUGAAACUGAGGGAACUUUAUUGCUGUAGUUCACAGAUGUCAAACUCAAGGCCCGGGGGCCAAAUCUGGCCUGUGGAACAAUUAUAUCUGGCCCACAAGAUCAGAUCAUAUUUGUAUUAUUAUUGGCCCACCAGUAUGAAGUCUGCAGAUUUCCUCCAGUAUGAUAAUGUAAACUUUAGCACCUUUAUUUAAAAUGCUCUUAUUAAGCCACAGAAAUCUAGGAAAUUAAAGAGUAAGGAAGAUUUGAUAAAUAGUCAAGAAUGUGGGGAAAAAAUAUUUGAUGUUUUAUUUCAUGUUUUCAAUUUUGCAUUUCAAGAUUACAAGUCAAACAUGGUUGGAUUUUUUAUUUCAUGCUUUGAUUUUGUUCAACUCAGUAUUUAGACUUAUUUUUAUACUUUAGAUUCCAAUUUUAAGUUUUAAAUCAUAUUUUGACUUUUUAUACCUGAUUUUAACGUUCUCCUCGUGUAUUUGCUCUUUAAAAGCAUUAUUUUUCUAUUUUUAAUAUCAUGCUCUGAUCUUUUGAACUAAUAUAAUUAAAAUAGAAUAAAAAAAUUAAAAUAAAGUAAAUUUUUCUAUCUCAGAUUGCCUAUAAACGUAUCUUUUUAUCUUUUUUGAAUUUCCAAAUGAUCUAUAAUCGUUGCUGUUUUUCUUAUAUAUUUUUUGAAAAGGAGGUUGACAGUUUUGGUGAAAUGUUGACCCUCUUUGGCCCUCAGGUUAGACCUAAAUCCAGAUUAUGGCCCUUGCUGUGGUUGAGUUUGACACCCCUGCUGUAGUUGCAUCACUAACCGCAUGCUCAGAGUUACAGCAGGACAGUGUUUUUGCUUUUCAAACAGUUUAAAAAUCAUGAUUUCUACUUGAAGAAGAGAUACACAUAAUUUAAAUUAGAAUAAAACAAAAGAGAUCCAUGUUCGCCUCGGUUCAUAAUGAUUUUAUUGAAUUGUUGCUGUAAAAAAAAAAUCUGUUUUUUCUACAUUUUCUACAUUACCUGAUCUGUCACAGAUUGAGUCACGGGUGAUACUCCUGUUUUUUUCCACAUGAAUGUCAGAUUGGGAAUAUCCUCUCCUCCCCAUCAUUGUUGGGUUUUCAUUGGUUCCCAAACUGUAAGCUUUAGCUUUUAGUGCGUUACUCACUCCUGAUCUCAGGCUCAGGUGUGCCUGUUCCCCUUCAGGCCAUGGAUCAGAUACAGGAGGAAGGCGUGGAGCGGGUAUAAAGAGGAACAACUAUGUCAACUCGUGUUCAGACCUGACGAAGCGGCUUUCUCUCUACAGCAGAAAGGUAGGCGCCUUCAGUUUUUUCCUCUAAACUACACAGAUCGAUCUGCUUUUGAUGAAGUUUAUCAAGAAGUGAAACAUUUGAAGACUGUAACCUUUAUUCUGUCAGUCUUAAAGCUGGUCGGUAUGUUGUUUGAAUCCGGGAUUUCUGCGCUCUGGGAAGGAAACUGAGAAACACUUUGUUGUAAUAAUGCCCUUAUUUAUUCAGACAAGCGCUCCAGUGAGCAUGUGUUCCCCUGUUUUUAUCUUUUCUGCAGCUUAAGCCUCUUCUUUGUGAGUUUUGGUGGUUGUCAGAUGAAUUGAAUACCGACUGUUAAGUAUUAGUAGCUUAAUUAAACACAGGGGUGAGUUAACCUUUAUGUACUCACAAUAGGAGCAGCAAAUUUUGCGCUCCAGCCAAAGCAAAGAAACUUUUCUCCCCUUGUGGACUUACCAGUUAGUCGGCUUUUCAGUCAUCCUGUUAUACAACACGCCGCAGCUCUAAGAGUAUGUGUGUAAAACAGGCUGCAGAUCGCUGACUGGAGGUUAUAUUCAGACAAAAAUCUUCAAACAAGAACACGUCCGUUUAGGUCAGCACAUGGGAGCUUUUAUUUACACAACAGUUCCAGUUAUGGUUCAUUUAUUGGGGAGCAGCGCUGGUGCUGGUUGAGAUUAUUCAUGGAGGUGUUUUUGAAGGUGUCUCAGGGAUUCAGGAUAUCCUGGUUUCAGACUUUUACGCCCACGCUGCAUCUCUGGUAUGUUAAGUGAUUCAAAAUUAUUCUAAUAACUGAAACUUAAUAACAGGUCAGGGAUAAUGUCAUGCUGUGUCAUUUUUGGUUUCACAGGGAAUCAUUAGUCACGUUCAACAGAAGUGGCACUCCUUUACUGAGAACGCCGCAAACAUCCAAAUCUGUUCGUUUCCGCCGACAAGCUGACAGGUUCCUUAAAGCCGAAAAGAGGCUCGGUGAAAGACAUGCGUAUAAACAAUUCGGCACAGUAGCCCUGCGGUUUGUGAAGCUCAAAAUCUUUGCAGAUAAAUUCAGGAUUUAAUUCACACAGAGGAAAGUAGAGCAACAGUAAACUUUGGAUCAAAUUUACCACCAAAUUACAAACAAAAUGUCAAAGUUUGAUGAAAACGAAGCUGCAUGUGCUUUAUAGGAUUCUUUUCUUGCAAAACCGAGAACAAAAUUUUCUGCAAAUUUCACCUUCAUGCAACAUGCAGAGGUUGCAUAGUUUGUCUGGUUGCUCUAAAGUUUAAAGAAUAUAUUUACAGAUUCAGGAAAGUGGUUUCAUGUUUUUGUCUUAAUAUUUAAAUGCAAUGAAAAGAAAGCACAAAGAAGUUUCUCUGGUGUGUUUUAUCCAAAGUUUUUUUCUGAUUCUUUUUAUUCUUCAUUGUUAUAUACAUUUAACAAAGGUAUGCACAGAAUUUAAAGAAACCAACCGAAGGAAAAUCCGCAUAAAUUAAAAAUUAGUGCAUCUCUUAAAAGGUUUAGCAGCUUUUUUUUUGCUGCAGGAUCAAGAACAAAACAAAUACAGAUUUAAGGAUCAAGUAAAAGAACAUUUAUUAGUCAGACAGCUCCUUAUUUAGGUGAAGCUACUUUGUAAAAUCAAUCAGUGUUUGUCUGACUUACUUGAAAUAUCUGAAGUCUGCUUAAGUGUUCGGUAUUGUUUCUGUGAAUUAAUUCAAUUAUGUUGAAUGUGUUAAUAUUUGAACAUCUGAUUACUUCAGAACUAUAACUACACCAUGAAAAUGAAUAAGGUCCAGUCAUAUGUGUAUGUUGUUUGUAUUGUUCUAGUUUAGUUAUUUUGUUUUCGUCUUGUAGGCGAGUUGUUGUGGAUAUUGACGUUGUCUUUGUGUUUGUGGCGUGAUGUUUUUUGUGUCUUUGCACUGCGAUGGAGCGCUAAUUGUGAGUGUAGACUCCAGGAAGAAUAGCAAUGGCCUUUGCCAAAGCUAAUGGAGAUCUAAGUAAAUGAUUUUGGUAAAGCUCUGUGUCUUUAUCAGAGGCAGAGAAAGAAGGUUUGUUUUUUUAACCUCACAUUUACAAACACUAACUUGGCGAACAAUAAAACAACAUGGCCAAACAAAACUUCUUUUUUUUUCACUGAUGUUGCCAAGCAUAAACGGACAGAUGUCCUGCCACAGACCACGAAUGUGCUCACAGGUCCAUAAUAAAUGAUUAACCGUCUCUGAGUAAAGGUUACAGAAAGUGUCACCAGCAGAGUUUUAUAGGGGUACAAAGAUAAUUGAUCUUUAUGAUUGGCAUGUAGAUGUUUUUACAUGGAAGAAACCACCUUCUUAUUCCAGCUUACCCAGUUCUGUCAAGCAAAAAUACCUCGAUCAGAUGCGUGAUAUCAGUUUAAUCACCUUCUGCCAACCGUAACAUGAUAAGUAAACAGCUGUCAGCAUGAGAAAAGAAAACACAUCAGAAGAACAACAGUUUGGUUUCACUCCUCUCAGUAAAAUCAAAAUAAGAGUUUAUUCCUUUACAGUUAAAAAAAAAACAUGAAAAGUAGGAUCAACUUCACUGGUUCAACUUUGAGAAAAAUAUUAAUAUUGGAUCAUGUCAGAGUUAAAGGUACAUUUCAUAGAAUUUUACUUUAUUCACACUCAUACUCACAGUGUUGUCCCUAAAAGAAUCUGUAUAAACGGUUGUUGUUGUUUUCAGGGUUGGAUUACAUCUUUUCUCCUCAAAAACUUCUGUCGCUUCAGUCCAGAACCUGAUAGAUAUUGCUUAAUAUUCCCAUUUUGACACACGGCACCUUUAAGCUAACAGCUGUCUGAAAACGUGCCAACUUCAAUAUCUGCUCACAUCUUUUAUAAUACAAAGUAAAAGGUUAAGUGUUGCUAUAAAUCUUUGCUUUUCUUUGGAAGCAGUCAAGAGGUUUUAUUGACCUUAAACUGGAAUUUAUACAAUGAUUCACACUGCGUACAGGAAAUCAGAUUAUCGUGAGUCAGCUCCUCUUAAUAACAGUGAUUGUCAUUUAUGAGGUGGUUAGAAGUCACUCGUGCACUAUUGUUAACUCUCACAAGCAGGAUGACUAGGAGGGGAAUCCCCACCUGUGAAGUCAUGACCAAACUAAAAAUCUACUCGACAGAUAUUUCCACUCCUUUAAUGUGAACUUUACGCAAACAUUGAGGGUUUUACCUGUAAGAAAUGGGAUUCUUCUGCAGGUGACUUCAUCUAAUUUAAGUCCUACUAUUAUUAUAACGUUCCUCUUUGUUCACUAGAUGGCGUAUUCGACCAGCACUCUGGCGCAGGGCUGCUUUGGGAAGGUGUACAAGCAGAAGUACAAUGAUACGUGGGCAGCCAUAAAGAAAGUCCCCCAGGAGCUCAUCAGUAGGAAGGACCUGGAACGAGAGUGUGAAGUGUACAAGUAAGUUUAGAUUUAAAGAAGAGUUUAAAAAGAGCUUCUUUUCUGAUAUCCAACAUGGUGAAACAAAAAGUCAACGACAGCCAUGGCAGAAAUAUGAGAAUAUGUCUUAUGAAAAUGUUGAUGUGAAGCCGUUUUCAGUAUGAACAGGUAAACUAGUAUAUCAACUCAUACAAUGUGGUCUAAUGUGAUACAUUUCAGUAUGAUAUGAUGCAGAACACAAGGAUGUAAUAUGAAAGAAAAACAACAGCCAAAUGAUAAAGCACUCAGCAAUAUGACACAACGCUGUUUAAUACAGCGUGAUAUGACACGAAAGGAAACGUGACAAUAAAGCGACCCUUGAAAUGACACAGCGCAGUAAGAUGUGGUGUGAUGCGAUAUGACCCCAAACAAAAAACAACAUAAUACGACGAUGUAAUUCAGCACCAUACAGUUUGAGACAGUAGCCCCGUUUAUAUGGAUAGUUUUCCUCAGUCUGAUUGAAAUCAAUCGGAUUAAGUGAAUCUGAUUACAUCUGUAUACAUGAACUUUAAGUAAAGAGUUCCACGUUCAAUCUGCGUUUGCAUGGCCCCAGAACAAGCUUCUCUGUAAACCCAAUCUCUCCACUCAGCCGUAUAUAUGGAGCGUGGAGCGGAUUAUCAAUCGGCAGAGACUACCUCUUACAAUCCGACCCGAAAUACAAUCAGAUCCGGGUGAAUCAGAUUGGCUAAAGUGUUUAUAUGAGACAUUUUGAAUCUGAUUGAGCUUUCAAUCUGAUUGUAAAAAGGAUUUUUGGACCCAUGUAAACGGGGCCAGUGUGAAAUGAUACAAAAGGAUAGAGAUAUAGUAUGAAGAUACACAACAUGUUACAAUACAACACAAUAUGAUACAAUACAGUUAGUUAUGACUAUAAAGGAAACAAAAUGAUCCAGUAUGAUCUGAUACAGUUAAAUAUGAAAAUGUUGUAAUAUGAUACAAUGUAGGUUAUGAUAAGCUAUGAUAUUCUACAAAACAUUGAGACACAGUUUAUGAUGCGAUACACCAGUUCACAAUAUGAUACAAUACACCAGUUUAAGCUACAAUAGGAUACGCCAAUUUACGAUAUGAUACAGUACAUUACGAUACACCAGUUUGUGAAAGGAUAUGAAAAAAUAAGAUACACUAGGAUAUGAAACGUACGAUACAGGUUGUUGUAAAGUGAUUAUGCUAGAAUACAUUACCCUAAAACAUGAUACGAUAUCCUACAGUGAUGUUAUAGUAGUAUACAUAAAAAAAUAAACCUACAACCAGAAAUGAUCCAUUUGAUACACCACAAUGAUAAGUGGAGGAGACAACAACACCAUGAUGAUGUGCAAAGACUAACAAAGACCUUUAAUUUAGGUCAGUGGGUCAAAUGUGUCCAGAAAUAUGCUGAUGAACUAUCCGCUGUGAAUUUUCACAAGAGUUACUUUGACUAAAGAUUAUUUUGUUGGUGUUUAUUCUAAUCAACUCCUCUUCUUCUCUUUCUGGCAGCAAAGCAAAUCAUCCCAACAUAGUGAAACUCCUGGGCAACAUAACUCUCAAUGACGGAAAAUGGAUUAUACCUCUCGAGUUUAUCUUUGGAGAGGACUUGGAGACCACCAUCUUCAAAGCCGCAAAAUCCGUAAUACAGGUGAAGCUGCAAAGACAACAAUCAGGCAUAUGAUUUAAAAUGUGGCACUACAUUUAACACAGCUUUAUGGUGCUCUGUAAAACCAGAAUGAGUAAACAUUAUUGUGACUGUAAUAACAGGCAGUUCAUCAUAACCAUUGUUGACACCUGUUUUUAUAAGAAGGAUGACAUCUUAUCCAGUCAGGAUUAACUUAAUCCCAAAUCUUUUGUUUUUCAGUUGACUACAGAAGUCAAAGGCACCAUCAUAAUCGGCAUGUGUGAAGGGCUGUUUCACCUCCAUUCAAAAGAUAUUGUCCAUCAAGACCUCAAGCCUGAAAACAUCAUGGUGAGAGCUGCUCUGCUCAUACUGUAAACUGCAGUCCCGGUAUAGAAAGUUGACUUGAAUUGUCUCAUAGAUGGAAUCAAAACUAAAUAAUAUUUCUCCUCCAGGUGGAGCACAACACCAACAGAGCCGUCAUCAUCGACCUGGGUCUGGCCAAGUUCUUCCGUUUUGGCCUUAACUCUGCUAUUGACAUGGGGAACGAGGCGUACUCAGCCCCUGAGGUACUGAGGAGGGGCAGCCAGCGGGAUCAGCGCUCAGAUGUGUGGGCCAUGGGGAAGAUCAUCGCAGAGCUCUGUGCCAGGGUCCGCCUCUACACACCCAGCGUCUGUCCUGAAAAGAUUAAGGAGACUAUUCCCAAUGAGCCAUACUGCCGCACUGUGUGCAGGAUGGUGGAGCCCGACCCUUCUUUAAGGGCCUCCAUGGGUGGGGUCAUAAGUGACAUAAGAAGGGCUGGAGGUGCUGGGAUCGUCUUUAAUGCUCCGAUUAAAAAAGAGCACUUGAAGCCAGCUUCCCCCAAGAUGAAAGCCAGAAAUCAGUCUCCAUCGCCAUUAGAUAGAGGUCGAUCUCCAAUGAACAGAGAUCUGUCACCCUUAAAAAGAGAUAAAUCACCCAAUCACAGAGCUCCAUCACCAUUUCUCAGAGACCAUUCACCAAUGAACAGGGCUCCAUCGCCACUGAACUGGGAGCGUUCACCCAGACCAGACCUGAAGAUCCUCCAUCAACAACCAUCACCUCACCUAUCCCCUUCCCCUCAGAGAAGAGAGGACAGGGGAAGGAACUUAGCUCUGGUCCCGUCAGGCAGUGCUGACCUCACCAAAGACUUGAUGAAAAUGCAGCUGUACCGAGAGGCUGCCAAGGACCUGCCCUGCAACCUGCCUACGACCGGGAGGGUGGUGGUGCGACGCUUUGAGGAGAAAGACGGGGAGGUGGGAAGAUGGGAGCAGAAGGAGGUGGUGACUCGGGACGGGAAGAUUGUCAAAUUCAAUGAUGUCAAGUUCAACAGCAAGUAGAAAUAAAUGGAUUUGCUGUUUGGCAGGAGCUUCACCCCCUCAAACAAAUACUUACAGUUUAAAAUUGAGCUCAGAGUCACCAAACUUUUGGUUUCUUUACAGAAACUGCAUAAAAAAUACACGGCUAGCUAGCCUCGAAGUGAAGUGGCAGAAAGCUUCAGAUGUCACCUGAUUUUAGGGCUAAAAUCCUGUUAAUUUUUUUGAAAAGCAACCUUCCAGUUUGAUACUGUAAUAAGAAGACAUCUUGUGAUGGUUUUAGCUUGUUUGGGAUCUAAUAGGAGCCUCUUUGUACCUUGCCAAGACAUAAAAAUCUAAAAUCAUGAACAGCCAUCUGUGAACACUUUUUAAUGAUUUUUUUUGUACAACUGUGAACAUCAUGUGUAUAUUUUUGUAAAUAAAUAAAUUUGCUAACGUGUCUUAGUUUCAGGGGUGGACUUUUGUUUCUUUGGGAUACUUCAUGCUGUUAUUUUUUUGCUUUAUUGUCAUUAUCCAGCUCUCUUGGUCUGCCCCCAGACCUUGUCGACAGACUACCACAGGAUGGCACUGUUCAAGUCUACAGUUUAAAGACCCACUCAGGAGAAAAUCAUAUUUUCUUGUUGUCUACAUGUUCAUAUGGCAUUUUUCUGAUGCUACAGGACAUAAUAUGAGAAAACUAAGAACAAAAUUGCAUUUCUAAUUAUUCCCCAGUAAUGUCCUUGAUUUUAGGGUUUUACAAGUGAGAAAAAGUGUUUCGUGUAGACUAGAGCAUAGAUAUAAAUAGUGGGGGUAUGCCUGGUCGUCCCCGUCAGUAUGAGGCAGAUGAUGGCAAAGUCAUUAGAGAACUUCUGCAGAUGGCAGGUGGGUGACAGGUGGAAAUCUGCGGUGUAGAGAGUAUCGUUCCCUGGGGGGCCCCUAUACAACAGAGGGCAGUCUCUGACACACAGUCCCAGGUCCUCACAUACUUUGGAUGGUUGGUGAGGUAAUCCACAAUCCAACUUGUGAGGUGUUGGUCCACUCCCGAGAGCUCCAGCUUGUCCCUCAUGAUGGCCUCAUACUUAAAGUAUGAUUAAAAUAAAGAGUGUGAAAUAUCAUAGAACAGUUUGAUUAAAAUGCCAUAGCAUAGUACAGUUAAAAGU